AUGUUCCCGAAGGCUCAUCCCAAAUAUGAAUUCGAGUACAAAGUAGAAGAUUAUCAAACAGGCGACAUGAAGUCACAACACGAGCACCGAAGUGGUGAUGCUGUGAAAGGAGACUACUCACUUCACCAACCAGAUGGAUCAGUUAGGCAUGUUGACUACUACGCUGAUGAUCAUAGCGGAAAAUUCAUAACUUGUUUAAUAUCUGGAGUGAUUAAUGUUGCAGUGCUCGACGUCAAGAGCACUGAUGCUGGAUAA